AUGGAGGAGUAUUUUGAAACAAUUGAAGAAGAGGAUGAAAAGGCUAUUGUUGGUUCUCAUGCAUCAUCAAUUAAGAGGAAGCUGCCAAAAGAUGUUCAGAAAACAUCAAAGAAAAAGGAAGGACUCACGAGUGAAGUUCUCAAAGAUGAGAGGUUUAUAGCUAUAUUUGAAAAUAAGGACUUUGAGGUUGAUGAAAUCUCAAACGAAUACCUGGCUUUGCACCCAAUGCAUCAACAACAAAAACAGGCAUCUUUUCUGGAGGAGUAUUUUGAAACAAUUGAAGAAGAGGAUGAAAAGACUAUUGUUGGUUCUCAUGCAUCAUCAGGAGCUGAUGAUGCAGAUGUUCAGAAAAAAUCAAAGAAAAAGAAAGGUCUUACGAUUGAAGUUCUCAAAGAUGAGAGGUUUACAGCUAUAUUUGAAAAUAAGAGGAAGCUGCCGAAAGUUAAUCGGGCUCUGGCAGCCCGACUUCUUCAGGAGGAGGAAGAGCUGAAUCAGAAUAAGGGAGGUGAUGAUGCAGAUGUUCAGAAAACAUCAAACAAAAAGAAAGGUCUGAUGAGUGAUGUUCUCAAAGAUGAGAGGUUUAGAGCAAUGUUUGAAAAUAAGAUUACGAGGAAGCUGCCGAAAUGUAAUCUGGCUCAGGCAGCCCGCCUUCUUGAGGAGGAGGAAUAG